AUGAACAACAGAGAGUCUGACUUGGACCGGAACCGUGCCGUGACGAAAGCCAAACCUCAUCUCACAGAGCUCGUCAAGUAUAGUGCAGAGUCAGGGGCGUACAACUAUCUGUUAACCCAUAUUUCGGAAGCAGCGGCAUCUUUUCUCUUUGACAACGAAGAAUCAUGGCUUAGAAGAUUCGAAAAGCACGUAGCGGAGCUUGAGCCUGAGGAAGAGCCAUACGAUCUCGAACAGCUACUGAGUGCGCUUGGCGCGGCGAACUGGGAUGAUAUUGAUGCCAUCGUUCAGUUCUGUUUCGUGCUCGCGGCAGAACAAGGCGUUCUUGAGUUCAGUACACACAUUGUUCCAAUCACGAGUCACCUGAUAGCCAAUCUGAAUUGCUGGGCUCGUCGCCAGCAUAUCGAACAGUGCAAGAAACAACCACUCGCUGUCGACCAGAUACAUGUCAAAAAGCCCAGGAGUCAUAAUAUUUCACGCACGGUAUCAGGCCGCGUAGAAAAGAUUACAUCCACAAGCAGAAGCAACCCCCACUGGAUCAAGGACACCACUCAAACGCCGCGUGAAAUCAGGAAUUCCAACUUCACCGAGCGAAUGAGAAAGAUCGAACAACUAGUUAAUGAGAGACGUAUCCUUGGAACGAAAACCGACGCGACAAUCUCUGUGGUCAAAAAGCUGGAACUAGAAGAUCGCAAACUGGACCUGAGGAUCACUGAGGCGUUGGAUCCGCUGCAGAUUGAUCUGUCAGGCUUGAAUAUGGGAUAA